GUGGUGCCGGUGGUUAAAGGCGGGUACAGUACGCUGGGAAUGCCGUGCUAAGGACAUCAGCAAGGGAGUGUUGCUGAGAUACAACAUCAUGCCGGUCCACCAGAUUGUUGUGGCUCCAGUCCGGGACCCAAAGAGCAGUCCUCGCUCCAAGGACAAGCUUGAGGGAGCGAAGGCCAGGAAGGCAAGUUCAGAAAGUCGGUCCAGCAGCAUCCCCAAGGUGAAGGGCUCUACAGCUGCGUUGGGUACAGCAUUGAAGACAUCGGCCAUACCCCCCUCCCCUCAGGACAUAGGCAGUUCUGGCCCACGAGCACCCUUGGAGGCGAGCGCCGCUGUCACCAUCAAAGCCAGCUUAAGCAAGCCGCCCCGCCCGGUUGCCGCGACGACCGCCUCCCAGAGUACGCAGCAGAAGAAGACGGUGAAGCGCCGCCAUCGACGCAAGAAGGAGGUCAGCGACCCCGUCGGUGGCCCCGUGGACGCCCCGGCCGAGGGGCAGGGGGCCGAGGGGCAGGGGGCCCCGGCCCGGGAGGGCAGCCCGAGCCCGGACCCCCACGAGAGGAAGAAGGAGAGGGGGGAGGAGCCAGCGGGGACCAGGGUCCGCAAGGAGCUCCCGGCUCCCAGGCCGAAGGGCCCGCCGUCAGACACCACCUCGGAGGACGAGGCCGGGGGCCGCGAAGACCGCAGCUGGAGCAAGGAGAGGGCCCGCAGGGGCCAGCGGCGCAGCGGGGGCGGCAGGGACAGGCCGCCCGGGCCUCGGGUGAGGCCAGGGGGGGAGCCGGGGGCAGACAAAGAGGCCCCCAUGGAGCUCCAGUCGAUGGGUUCCCAUGAGGGCGGGGGCAGUGGGGAGGAGACCCGGAAGCCGCCGGAGUGCGAGGCGGGCCCGGAGAAGCGGCGCAGCAGCGGGGGUCCUCCAGGGGCCCCCAGCCCCGGCGGCAGCUCCUCAUUGGCCGGGGAGGAGGAGCAGAUGACCUACCAAGGAACCUACCAGGAGCAGGGGGCGGGGGGCGGGGACUCGGCCGUUCCCACGGGGACCAAACACUGCGGGGCCAACGGUGACACGGGGCAAACGGUCUGCUCUGAAGACUCUGACGCGGAGGUUUGCAGAAUCUGCCACUGUGAGGGGGAGGAGGAGUACCCGCUGAUCACGCCGUGCUGGUGCACGGGGAGCCUGCGCUUCGUCCACCGGGCGUGUCUCAACCAAUGGAUCAAGUCCUCAGACACGCGCUGCUGUGAACUCUGCAAGUAUGACUUCAUCAUGGAGACGGAGCUCAAACCCCUGUUCAAGUGGGAGAGGCUCCACAUGACCAAGGGGGAGUGGAGGAAGAUCCUGUGUUCGGUGGUCUUUCACCUCCUGUCCCUGUCGUGUGUGACCUGGUCCGCAUACGUUCUGUGUAAGAGGACCGCUGAGGACUUCCGCCUGGGCAAGGAGGACCAAUUGUGGAGAUUGUCUCUCUUGAAGUACUACUCAGCAGAGGGUGUGAUGGAGUGGCCUUUCUGGACCAAGGUGACGGUGGUGGGGAUGGGCAUAAUAAGUGGCCUAUUCUUCAUGCACAUCCAGGGUGGGGUCUACCUGCAGCUCUGGCGCCGCCUAAAGGCCUUCAACCGCAUCAUCACGGUGCAAAACUGCCCCGAGAAGGGCCUGCAUCCCCCUCGGGACCCUAAGCCCCGGGUCAAGCCGACGGGGGACACUGUGGUGGUCCCAGUCGGACCCUCCCCUGCGCAAGUCCCAGAGGAGCAGAUGGACUCUGACCAAUCGCUGGAGGCCGCAGUUGCGCCUGUCUGAGGCUCCUCCCCGUUCCAAACCCUGUAGUCCAAAGAAUGACUGAAAUAGCCCUGCCCUCCGUAGGGUGGUUGAUUUAAAAAGAAAAGGCGUGGUUUGGGUCUAAUUGGGUGUGGUGGACAUGUUCCUUCAUGCUAAUCCUGACCUUCUGACUGAGUCACCAACAAGAGGAAGAGUACAGCAGAAGGAAGCACAGGAAUGGAGGUACAGGCAGAGACAAUUUAGGAAAUGGGGAGUCGGUUGGUUUAUCACUACUGCAGUGCAAGUAUAGAAGUACUGAUGUUAAACUGGAGAUCCCCAGUUGUAACUCAACUAUUUUAUAUAGAUGUAACGAUGAAAUGUAGCCAGUGACAUUCAGUUUCAGUAUUCCAGGCCAUAUAUUUAAUGUUACCCAUUGUACGUUUCCAGUUCUUAUCCCCGGUGUUUCCUAUCUGAAGAAUAACAGCCUCUGUUGAUUGAUGCAACUUAUUUAGGCAACUUAUGUAUUGCGUUCAUUGUGAAAAAAAUUGAACUCGAACAUUAAUAAUGACAGAUCCACUUUCUGUGUCAACAAAAUGUAUUUUCUAUUUCUAAUUGGGUAUGAAAAUAUUAUUUAUGCAAACAUCUGCAAUAAACAAUAAUAGAUUCUGUCUUAUGGCUGAGUGAAGUUAAUAAGCGAAAUGGCCGAAAGGGAGACGGCUCUAUCUGCUCACAUGUUGGGAUGAUUCUUGGGCGCCAUCUGCUGGAAAACAUUGGAAAGGUGGCAGAGUAGUGUCGACCCGAAGUCCUUAAAAGCCGACUAGUACACCACUUGGUGCAUUACGAUACCACAGUAAAAAGGCAGUUUCAAAAGGCUGCUUGUCCUGUUUUUGCCACAGAGCUCAGUCCGAGUCUGACUCUGACAUAGUAGCAGCGUCCUCAUCCUCCUGGCAGUGUGCGUCGUCUUCCUCUCCAUCUUCAGCCUUCUCAUCUUCCUUCAAUUUGUCUUUACUAGAAACCUGCCGCAGCUUGAUGUUAGGAAGCUUUUUCAGGUCCCCGGUCCACGCUCUUAAAACAAUACAGAAUAUUGAGUCAAAUCAGUGAAGUAAAUCACGAGAAGUCAAACUCAACCAAACCUCUGGGUCUAAGAUAGGCGUUUAUAGAAAGUAAACACUUGCUGAAGAUUGGCUGCCCUCCUUUUAAGGUUGAAAAUGGUUAUUUUGAUACUUUCCAAAAGGGAACAAUGUCAAGAUCAUUCUAAGUAGCCUUUGGGAGAAUGUAUAGACUUAAACAGACUAAGACAUAACUGAUUCACUGUACGUUUGUUAACAUA